AUCUUGAGCAGAAAUUGGGCAAAGUGCUCCUCUUGAACAACUCAAGUGCUGCUCUUCUUGUGCCAACUUGUGCCACAGUUGUGGAACAGCUGAGUAGCACCGGCCUUGAAAAGGGCUGAAUGUAGACAGGAGUUGAGCAUUCGUGACGAAGCGGCAUCCUCUUGGCGCUUCAUGGUUGCAUUGGAAGAAGAAGUGAGGGGGAUCAUCCUUCUAUUUUCUCUCCUGGAGUUACAUAAUUCCAGCCGCUUUCCAUUCUUCUCUAACUUUUAAGAUCUGAACCUGAGACAAGCGGAAUUGCGACUAACUGAUGAGCGAUAAAUUGCCAGUAGGAUCUUCCUCUCCAGAUAGACGGCCUACAUCUUACUCGCUGGUCAGCAUUCCAGCAAAACAUUGACGGAAAAAAGGAAAGGAGAAGAUCUUAAAGGACACCCAGACUUAUAAACUACAUAGGUGGGGGGCGCUUAAUGUAGAUAGAGUAGAGUCGAUCAAUAGUGAAACCAACAGCAUUGGGGGGAGCUCAAUAAGAAGGGCCUGACAAUCAGCCCCUUGAAAAAUUGUCAAACCAUGGCAGUCACUGCAGAGCUAGGCAAGCUGUCCCUGGACGCCCCGGAGACUGCCGCAAAUGGCAGCCAAUCGGUGCAGAAAGCGAAGAGCAAGGACCGCGUCGUAGCUGAGAUGUUUGAUGGGAAGGAAGAGGACGUUGUUGCGGGGGGCGCGGGACUGAACUUUGAGGCGCUGGUCCCAUUCAAGGGGGGCCUGCUGGUGAAUCAGCAGUACGCUGUCACACCCAAGCAACUCAACAAGAUCAUAUUUGAACAAGGCUCCGCCCUGCAAGAGGAGAUUCGUGCGAUAAAGGGCGCCACCCAGAGGGUAGAGUUCCCAUGGUUUCCAAGCCCGGAGGAGGGGGUGUGGGCGGAGAGGACUGUCACAUACAUGACGGCAACAACAAAGGUGCUCAAGUCAGCAAGGGCACUCGAAUCUCAGAAAUACAUAGCUGCAGGGGACGGCCUAUACGUGGUCGUCAUAAGCACAGCGGUGCCGGACCUGCCGAUGGGCCAGAAAUUCACGACAGAAGUCAAGUUUGCCAUUUUCGCGGUGGCCUCGGGGAGCGCCCCGGCCUCGGGUGAGAAGCCGCAGCCAAUCACGGCGCUCCAGGUGUCAUACCAGACGGCCUUUUCCAAAAGCACCAUGAUGAAGUCGGUCAUCAAGAAGGGGACGGAAGAGAGCUUGUCGGAAACAUACGACGAGUUUCAGAAGCUACUAGCGAAGUACGCGACGCUGGUGGGGGAUCCCCCUCGAUUGUCAGACUCGGGCAAGCGAAAGAAGUGAGGUCGAAAACGUUUUCACCAACGUUUGCGCCUCGUUGGUGAAAAGCAUUCAGUCAUGCAAGUAUCCGAGUCGCUCAAUAUUCGCUGCUCUUGUCUACUGUCUUCUUGACGGUUUAAUUGAACUCCGACCCAUCAAAUAGAUUCUUUGCCACCUUCCAUUGCACUCGUAAGAGUUGCCUUUGUACUCGAAGUCGGACUAGUGAACUUCGGUCACCAACGUCAAGAGCUUGAAGCAUUGACCAUUGCAGUUGAGUCGAAUAUACUGCCUGUAUGUCGCUGUCAUUCCAUCGCAGACAUUCCAUCGCAGACUAUGGGGCCCGGCGUACAACCGUCGGCUUGCUAUAGACGAACAAACAGUUUAUCAAAGUUUAGUUCGCGAGUAUGCACGGGCGGCAGGCGUCAAUUCGCGAUUGCACAGUUAAUAGCGAACGAAAGUCACGCAUUCAAGUGUCUAUAUGGAGC